CUUACAGAUUACCAGGACCCUGUGGGAAUAUUCAGGUCCAGCGGAUCCCCAAACCUUUACAGCAAACCUCAUUGUUGGGCAGAUUACACUCUCAGAGAUCCAGCUGAUGCCUGUCAGUGCGUCCCACCCUCCAGCUAUGAUGAUUCAGUUUUCACUGCAGAGUCGCUCCAGCCGCUGCUACCGGUCAGUUCAGAGGAUCUGCAUGCUCUAAAAUCCCAGAGUCACACUAAUACCCUGGGGCAGAGUGAGCUGGGAGUGGGGCUGAUGUACCGGGACUACCCUCAGGUGAAGCAGGAGUCCACGCUGGCUGACAGUGCACCCAUUUACACAGACAGCUCAGAGAAUGGUGUCGAUCUUGGCUUGUACUGGGAGAAGUAUUUAUCCAUCGAUAGCCUGACUGGAUUCCCAUCUUACCGAGAUGUAUCUGCUGAGCAGAGUCUGCGCCGCCUUCCGCAAAAAACCCUUGGCUGCAGGAAGCACCCUGGGGCCCCGCGAGAUAGCCCAGCCGGCCGUCCAAUCUUGACCGAGUACACAGGCAAUGGGCCCAUCCAACUCUGGCAGUUUCUCCUGGAGCUGCUCCUGGAUAAAUCAUGCCAGUCCUUCAUCACCUGGACAGGAGACGGCUGGGAGUUCAAACUCUCCGACCCGAAUGAGGUUGCCAAGCGGUGGGGAAACCGCAAGAACAAACCGAAAAUGAACUACGAGAACCUGAGCAGGGGCCUUCGCUACUAUUAUCACAGGGACAUCAUCCAGAAGACAGCAGGCAAGCGCUACGUCUAUCGUUUCGCCUGUGAUGUGCAAAGCCUGCUGGGUGAAAGCCCUCAGCAAAUCCACGCCAGGCUGGAUGUGAAGCCCCGGACUGAGCAGUGACAGGGGCCAAGGGAAUGCUGCCCAGAUCCCACAUACUCCCGGAGUUUCAAGACAAUGUUCCUUUAACAAAACUGCAGUUCACCGGCUCUGCUUCCCCAGUCAGGCCCGGAGUCGGGUGGGCGGAUGCGGGAGGCUUGGUUCAUUCACCAGGGAAGGCAGGACUGGGUCAGAGGUAGAAGCCAAGGCUGAGUGUCUGAGCUCUCAACAUCCAUGUCAGAAUCUGCCCCACUGGCGGCAGGAUACUCAGCGGUCACGACCACCCU